AAACUGUCCCCCAACAUAUCCUCAACCAACACACAACCCGAGUAAUUCAUCACUGAUUUACCAGCGAACGAGCGAGCGACAGACGGGAUGCCAAAAACUGAAUCGAGUAUCGUCAUUGGGACUUGUGGAGGGGUUAGGAUCUGAAUAACAGCGAGAUAGCAGGAUCAAAACAGAGUAAGGGGAGGCCACGAACAGCCCGAAAAGCUCCGUGCUUUCUCUCCAUCAACUUCCCGGAGGGCUGCGCAUGCAGCCUGUGUGUGAGUUAGUGAAACUAGCUAGUCUAGUAUUGUUCUGACUUCACUACAGUGCCCACUCCGAGAGAGAGAGGACGCACAACAAAAGGGAAAGAAAGGAAGCAAGGACGGACUAAUUAUAACGAACACGGUUGUAGUUGAACGUAAUGGUCCUGCGAUACCAAUCUUAGAUCCCAAGACUGAUCAGUUUUAGUUCUGUUUGGUUUGCGUCUUUGUCGCCGAGAGUGGACUCGCCGGGUGGUGUUGCGCCGAGCUGAAACGGGGCUGUCCACAUGGUCCAACCACUGGUGUGAAAGUUGACUUCUUCAGAAUUCAAGAACAGGUGCCACGUGAUGAUGGUGGAAUCAGCCUCUGAGACCACUCGAACUACGCCCUCCAAUCAGAACGGAGUCAGCAGCCUCAGCAGCCAUUCGGACGGCGGGGGAGGGAGAGAAGGCGGGUCCAACGGGGACACCAAUGGGGAGAUCAGCCCAGUGGACCUACUGCACCUCCAGCAGCAACAGGCCCUGCAGGCAGCCAGACAGUUCCUCCUCCAACAGGCCUCUGGACUCAACUCCCCCAGCAGCAACGAGGUGAAACAGAGCCCGGUGCAGGUGCCGGUGUCCAUGGCUAUGUUGACCCCUCAGAUGAUCAGUCCUCAACAGAUGCAGCAGAUCCUGUCCCCUGCUCAGCUACAGGCCCUGCUGCAACAACAACAGGCCAUCAUGCUACAGCAGCUACAGGAGUACUAUAAGAAGCAGCAGGAACAGCUGCAUCUUCAGCUUCUGACUCAGCAGCAGCAGCAGCAGGCUGGGAAGCAGGCAGCCAAAGAGAGUCUCCACUCACCUGGUGUCCCAGGUCUGAGAGGAAGAAAGAGAAGCAACACUGCUGAGGACCUCGAGGCCCGGAGGUGCUCACCCUACUGGUUAGAAUGGGUAUGGCAGCAGCAGAUAGGUAACAAGCAGUUGGCCUUCCAGCAGCAGCUCAUUCAGAUGCAGCAGCUUCAGCAGCAGCACAUCCUCAACCUGCAGAGACAAGGCCUGGUCUCCCUACAGCCCACUAACCCCAUGCAGAGCCUGCAGCAAGCCAUGUGUCCUGGGGACCUGCAGCAGCUGUGGAAGGAGGUGUCGGGGGUGCAGUCUGCAGAGGAGGCCCUGAAGCAGCAGCAGCAGCAGACUGGAGAGGGUCUGGACCUCAGCACCAACUCUACCUCAUCCUCCUUCCCCAAAGCAAACACACACAGCACCCUGCACAGCCUGCACAACGGACAGAGCAACCACACCCCAAAGAGAGACAGAUAUAGAGACAGAGCAAGACUCUUUGAAUGGAUCUCCUCCUUCAGCAAGGCAGACCUCGGAGAUGAACACCUCAUGCCUUACACCAAAGGCGGCCCACUAUCCAGCAGCCACCAUGAGGAGCAUGCAGGUUCCCAUCCUCUCUAUGGCCAUGGAGAGUGUAAAUGGCCUGGCUGUGAGGCUCUGUGUGAUGACAUGGGACAGUUCAUCAAACAUCUGAACAAUGAGCAUGCUCUGGAUGACCGCAGCACGGCCCAAUGCAGGGUGCAGAUGCAGGUGGUCCAACAGCUGGAGAUACAGCUGUCCAAGGAGAGUGAGCGACUGCAGGCGAUGAUGACCCACCUGCACAUGCGCCCUUCGGAGCCAAAGCCUUUCAAUCAACCUCUGAACCUGGCGUCCAGUGGCUCCCUGCUGAAGAGGGAGAGCGAGGCGUACCCCGAGGGUCUACCUCACCCCCCCACCUCCGCCGCAGCCCCUAUUACCCCGGUCCGCCAGGGUCCCUCUGUCAUCAGCUCCUCCAGCCUGCACUCACACUCACACUCACACUCACACUCACACUCACACUCACACCCGCACGGCGUGGGGCCCAUACGCAGGCGCAUCGCUGACAAGUUCUGCACCCCCAUCGCCUCAGGUAUACGAGAGGAGCUGGCGCAGAACUGUGAGUUCUAUAAGAACGCUGACGUCAGACCUCCCUUCACCUACGCCUCUCUCAUACGCCACGCCAUUCUGGAGGCUCCAGACAUGCAGCUGACUCUUAAUGAGAUCUAUAACUGGUUUACGCGAAUGUUCGCCUACUUCAGGAGAAACACAGCCACAUGGAAGAAUGCUGUGCGCCACAACCUGAGUCUGCAUAAGUGUUUUGUGAGGGUAGAGAACGUGAAGGGGGCCGUGUGGACGGUGGACGAAGUGGAAUACCAAAAGAGAAGACCACCAAAGAUGACCGGGAGUCCUACUCUGGUGAAGAAUAUGAUUUCAGGCCUGGGCUUCGGUUCCCUAAACGCCAGCUACCAGGCGGCCCUUGCAGAGAGCAGUCUGACUCUGCUGAACAGCCAGGGCCUGGUUAACCCCUCCUCUGCUGCCAGCCUCAACAUGCUACACGGGAUGGGUCACAAUGACGUCAGCUCCACUGUGGAACAGGUCAACAGCAAUGGUAGCUGCAGCCCUACACUCAGCCCACAGCAGUAUGGACACCAGGUCCAUGUGAAGGAGGAGCCCACUGAGGUUGAGGAGGACAGACGCUCCGUGUCGCUCAUGGCAACUAUCACUCAUGGCAACAUGGCAUUGCCUAGCGAUCGGGAUGACCGAGAUUUGGAGGAUGAGCUUCCAACCGACGAGCUGGAGUAGGAUUGGAAGAGCUGAACCAGUGGGCGGGUCUUUGAGGUUUAAUCCCGCCCCCUCCAUGGGAGGGAAGAGAAAUUAUGACACAUAAAACAGAACAUAUAGAGAGUUAAAAUAAAAAAAACGUAGGAUUUUUUUUAGAGCAAGAAACCAACAACAAUGAGAAACUUCAAACAGGGUUAGACCUCCGUUAUGUACCGAUGCAAAAAUAACACUCUGGAGCAUUGCUUUAUCCCCAUACGUUUUCACCCCCUCCCUCCUCCCCCACCCUAUGAGCAGCGUAUUGCCAGAGAGACAGCUCUCAGUGGUGAUAUGGAGGUCUCCUCUUCUCUUCUCCUCUGUCCUCCUCUCCCUGCUGAUUGUGACAGAUGGUCUAUCCACCCUACAGUCCUUUAGUGCUGGUAGUUUGAUGUUCACACCACUUAAAUAUACAUACAGGUGUGUGUGAGGGAGAGUGUAGAGACACACACACACCAGAUCAUGUAUAUAUAUAUUUUGGAACAGUCACCAGGAUGUGUAUACUUCUCCUCUGAUCCUGUCAGUUGAUUUUUAUUUUCUUCUGUUAACUGAGAGAGAAGGAAAGACAGUUGUAGUUUUCUCAAAGAUUACCCCACAUCUGCUCACACAUCAGAAACCAAGCGUACAAGCCAGUCAGUGAUCCAUAGGUGAGACUGAGACUGGAUGGCAGGACUCUGCCCUAUGCCCACUCUCUACCCAUUCUCUGCCCAAGCCAGACAAGACUCUCUCUCCUCCUUAUGCCAAACACAGAAAGAAGAAAUCCCCCAUCCCCACAAAACAGAUUUCAGGAAGAGCACCCUUUGUUGCAUAACUCCUUCUUCAUGCGAGAUAGAGUGAUGGGCCCCAGACCAUGAGAGAGAGAGAGAAAGAGAGGGAUGAGAGAGGGAGGGAGGGAGCAUCCACACAGCGAUAUCUUAAUAAAAUGGUUGAGGAUUAUGGAAUAUGAAAAAUGUUACAUCCAAAAAGUGGUAUCUUUUUCACAUCUUUUUUAUUUGAUGGUUUCUUUGUUUAUUUUUAUAUUUCCAUGGUGAUAUAAUUCUGUUUCAAAGUGUAUUUUGUAGUUUUUUGUUUUUAUUGACUCUGCUGGUUCACACCAUUCUAUACUAGUAUUGUCAGCAAAGAAAGCGUUGUUCCAAAAAUACCCAUACCCACCCCACCCUAUGCUGAAUACCUUUCUGUGUGUCUGGGUGUGCCAGGUUAGAUGGCAGGAGAUUGAGAAUAGCCUUUAGGAUCUGGGGCCUCAGCUCCUGAGAACACUCACUCAUUAUCCCCACAGUUUAUCAUACAUUUUUAUUAUUCCUUUUCAACUCAUUCCUUUUUAUUUUAUCUUCUCGUAGUUAGUUGAGAAACAUCAGCUGUGAUACAAAGCAAUGCUUUAAAAAAUAUAUUAUUACGGUCAGAGAAUACCUCAUCCCACAAAGGUUCCAUCUGGAACUGUGUCCAAAAUGUUAAAGAAAUAAGGGGAAUUCUUUCUGCGGGACACCAAAAUGUGGCAACUCAGUUUCAGUUCAAAGUUCUAUUGUUACUAUAGUUACUGUAUAGAAGCUAUCUGCAAUUCACUGUGUGAGUUGGACUAAAGGAAUAGCACGUGAGAUUACAAAUCUUUUGUUUUCAGUGAGCAUAAAAGCAUUACCUUCUCUGCAGUGCCAUACCAAAUUUAAACAAAUUAUUUUAAUGUAUUUUCUGCUUUUUUCCCAUUUUAUUUUUGUUACAGGUAACCAAAGAAAUGUGUAGAAAACCAAAAACCCUGUAGUUUAUUUUUCCCCUUUUUGAGUUUUUCCUCUAAAGAACUGGCCAAAAGACAACCAACACCUGAAAUCUAAGUUAUCAUUGUAUUAUCGUAACUCUUGCAUUGAAUUUGUUCAUGACAGUACUGACCAUUCCAAAAACCAAAGUAUAAAAUGCAGAAUAGAAUUUGGUGAUGUUAAAAGCUUUUUACAUACGUGUUAACUGGUGCGAAUGACGACUCACAUUAGGUAUGCUAUGGUAGAAGUCCAAAAACAGUAUUAACAAACAACCUCUUGCAAUUCCUUCGAUAAAGAAAGAAAGCGCUUCAGAUUUAAAUGUGUAUCUCUCCAUGCUCAGGCUACCUGUGUUUCAAACACAACCCUAAGAGAGGCUCCGCUGUGGGCAGGCCUAAGAUGGACUUUACAGUUAAAGAUGGCAAAUAAUUAUCUUACCCUCAUAAGGCACUUGAACACAACAUUUAUAUCCCUUUAUGUGACACUAGAAGCCAGCAAAAAAACUAACUGUGGGCUGUUGUCAGUUGUCUAUUAACUGGGAUACCGGGCCAAAGAAAGACAUUGUUAUUGCACUGCAAUAAUGCAUGUUUGGAUUAAUUUCCUCAACCAAAACAAUGCUUUCAUUGUGAAACUCAACACUAUAAAUUCAAACAUCCCUUCGUGCUAUGCAGCAGAAUGUUAUCUUCUUGACCCGGUACCAGUUAGACUGAAUAACAAAGUCCAAUUGUCUAGCCGUGAACCGUUUAGCCAUGAACCGUUUACUUACUGUACCUUCUGUAGUGCUCACCUACAGUAUACUCCUCCAGACACAACAGUUUAACAAAUACCAAAAAGGACAAGUGUUAUAAUACAUAGGAACAAUGAUAAUUGUUCACUCCUAUAUUGUCUUCAUGCUCUCACAUUGCUAUAGAAACACAUUCAUAUCCCCAGUCUCAGAUGUGCUGUGAGUAGUUGUGAUAAAGACAGUUUGAAGCUGUCAUCCCAAACAUCACAUCAAUGGACAGGUAGGGAGGGCUAUUCAGAACAGACAUACCAUUAUGACCACUUGUGAUAUUUACAGCAAACAACUGACAAACGACAAAAUCAUGCAUAUGUAAAAGGAACACACCAAGGGACAUGUCAACUUAUGUAUUUUUCUCUAAAACAACAUUCGGGGAAGAGUUUUGUCAAAUCAACUCUUCACUUCAGACCAUUUGCUUUCUUUUUUAAAUAGAGGAGUCUUUGUAUUGACUUCCUGUGUAAAACAGCACUGUCUCCUGUCGAAGCAGGGUUAUGAUGCUUCACGUCAUCAGAUUGUUUUAUAACAAACAAAGUGGGAGAGGGACACCUUGAAACGAGAGUAAAAACCAAAAAUAACACUACCUCCUUUUCAAAAUGGUUCACACAAUAAAAGCAAAUGGGAGACUGGAGACCCUAAAUAUUUCCGUUUUUUUCCCAUUCUUCCUCAAUAAUAAUAGUGAAAUAUACCAAAACACAGCUUACUGUUACUACACAUUUUGUGGGGCUGAAAAAGCUUGUCUUGCUAUCUGGACUCCAAAUUCACGAGCGUGAGCGCAAAAACAAAGAGACGUUACAACGACGUUGCAUCCCGUUAAAGAUGACUACCUCUCCUAAAACCACAGAGAACCGAGGCGUUCUCCUAAGAGUGAAGUGGUUUAAAAGGUCUGCUCUCAGCUGGGUAUUAUUGGCUGUCUCUGUGCUUCAUUAGCAUAUGGCUCCGUGAACAGCCUCUUAAUUGGGCGCUCUAAUUGUAUAUCACGCAUAUUGAUGAGCAGGCUUUGCCGGCAGCCAAUGAUAGUCCGGUCGUUAGCGGCGACUCAAUGGGGCAGGAAGCUGAUUGUCAGGAGGGAGGAGGGGCAGAAUAUAUCAGUGCCCGGCACCCGCCAGUGGGCCACACACACACUAGUGCCCGCCACACGCCAGUGGCCUGCACUUCACAUUAAUGCAGAAAAGGGCUGUAAGAUGGCAGCGAUAAAAGACACACGCUCUUACAGUCUGAGUUCAAUCCAAAGGGCCCUGAGUACCAGUCAGAGCUGGGAGUAUAAUCCCUGUGACAUGGAGCUGUCCCCUCAUGGUGAAUAGUGGCCGCUGUCACUAGGAGCCGGGCCCCUGGUGGCCCCUGUGGUUCAGACAGCUGAGGAGAGGCUCUGAGUAACUAAAGAUACUAUCCAAAGACAAACACAGAGCUUACUGUACACUGUACACCCUCAAUCGCCACUCGCUGGGAGACGGCAAUAAUAACACACGCUUACAAAGGAAUUUCUCAUUACUGCUAUUAUUAUUGUUAUGAUCCAAACUGUCAUGAAUGAGGAACUGCUGCAUUCAGUAAAUAUAAAUGAUCUUUGAAUUAUCGUGCUUUAAGGUACACCUGUAAACCACGCUGUUUUAUAAAGAUGUAGAUUGACAUUGGUUGAUGGUGUUGACAGAUCGCCAUAGACGGUUCUGUUCCUUCCUUGGCUGUUAUGAUGUAUUAUUGUAUAUUAACGCUUGGCUUAACUCUCGAGGGCAUUCUUUCCCAUUAUGUCUUUUUGAUUUUCUGUUGUGUUCAUUUUCUGCACCUGUUUAGCUAUUGUAAAGCUUCCAGCUCUGAUUCCUAUACUGUAUUGCUAAUGCUGAAGUCUAUGUAUUUUAUCAUAUUAAGUGCUGCAGGUAUCUGGGUUUAAUAGUUUUUGUUUUGUCCUUUUUUUCAGUUUUCUUCAUAAAAACGUCUGGGACGAUGAUUUUUUAAGUGUAUUAUCUCUAAAAAAUUAAAUAAUUAAAGUUAGAUAAGUGGUUUAGGUAACACCUGUUUGUAUAUUUAUCUUAGCUAGGUCUAUUUUGAUACUUUUGUCUCUGUACUGCAUUUAUGCAUUUUUAAGGAAAGAAAAAGAAAAACUUACUGAAAACAAUGUAAAAAGUUGACUUCAUUAUGUAUUGAUGAUACCUCAGAAGGACUUUUCUCUAAGACAGGACCAAAACCUCAGAAAAAAGAGAGAAAAAUAAUUGAAGAAAAUAUGUUGCUUUUGAAGAUGAAGCAAUGUUGAGGUGACGUUUUUGGUCCUUAAGGUGCCAAUAUGUGUCCUCUGAUCCCUGACCCCAGUCAUUCCUGAUGACCUUUAAGCCUCACAGCUGUCAAUCACUCCACAGGGCAACUGGGCGUGGCCCUGAGUCACACACCUGGUGACGUUUGUCCAAUCAGAAUCUUUGUUUUCUUGUAUUCCCAAACACACCGACACACACACAUUCUAAUGGCUUUCAGAAAUGCAGUUCAUCUUCAGUCAUGCACCGAAGGUUUUGUGAGUGGCCGUGGCACAUCAGCUAACAGACUACCACAACCGUAACCAAACCAACCCUAGGCAAUGCUCUAGAGCAACACCAAGGUGAAGGUCCUGUAUUAGCAAUGUAAUAUACCACAAGCUACUUCCCAUACCUCAAACCAUUCUACGCUAUCCCAAUCACUAUCAUCUCUCAGACGAGCACUCUUCCUAUUGGAUCAUUAGUGACUCCGGGGUCCUACUUGGGCCCGCCCCCGCUCUAUGAUUGGACAGCUCUGAGGUGUCAUGUCGAGGAGAAGAGGUCUUAAAGGGGUGUUGCCCGAUGGUAUUAUUAACUUCACGGCCCAGAAAAAUGGAACUACCACUUCAGCUGUCCUCUGGUUGUAUCUUAGGAAUGUGUGUACAUUUUCAGCAGUGACUCUCUGUAACGUUACUUAGUUUCAGUUUACCUGUUUACCUCUCUUUUAUCUUUUUAUUUCAUUCUGUUUGUUUACUUUGUAAGUGUGACCCAGGCGAAGGGGUACAGUAGGAGCUGGUGGUUUUUCAGACGGUCUAAAAGAGGUUUAAAAAAAGGCAACUGCCACCGAGACCUUUGCCCUUUCACCCUUCCCUGGGUGUAAUGCCAGUCACUGCCCCUUUCCUCAUGCUGUAUAAAACACACACAUAUAUCUGUGUAUUUGUAACCUGAAUCUUCUUGUGUCUGUCCAUGCAGACAAUAAAACAGCUGUACAGUAGGUCUAGUUGCAUGUAAUCUGUACUAAUUAUUGACAAUGGCAUUAUAAAAUGCAAUAAAAUACUUAUUACACUGUC